AUGCGACACAUAGAAGUCAAAUGCCCAUCGGGAACCCAUGAAUUUUGUUACUCGAUCUCGACGCCGACCUGUACGAGCGCGACGUCUGUGGACCCCGAGAGGCCGACGGUGUUGUUCAUCCACGCUGGAUACAUUCCGCAAGAGGUCUUUCAAACACAAUAUGAAGAUCCUGAACUACGCCAAUUCAACCUUGUAGCUGUGGACAAUCUGGGGCAUGGGAGUACGCGGGGCCUGAUUGGAGACCAGAGAUAUACCCCGACGGAGACGGCGCAAGAUCUGAAAUGUGUUAUGGACGCCCUGGGUCUACCGCCAUGCCAUGUAUUCGGACUUUCUCUGGGAGCGACAAUAGGACUGGAAUUGGCUUCUCAAUAUCCAUCGAGUGUACUCUCGUUGACUCUGUGCUCACCUGUGACUCCAGAAGAGCUGGAAGACGUGAUUGCCGGCCGGAUACAGGUGUUCAACUACUGGUCGGAGGUGUUCCAUGACUUUGACCAUGGGGAAGAGCAACGGCAGCAGCAGGAAGAGUUGGUGAGCGAGACGCUGUAUGGAGCGAUGCAGCUGUUGUUCAACAACAGGGAGACGAGGCUGACCAAGCCGAUGGCGACGUCAGCGAUGGUCCGCUCGAUCGAUAUCUGGUCGGGGAACGCGGAGAGAAUCAAGAAGAGCUAUGAUGCUUGUGUCCGGUGGUUCACUGAACGAAAACCUAUACCUUCCAGUCAACUAGCCCAAAUCAGAUGCCCUGUCAAUGUAAUUUACGCCUCAGAAGACGUUGGAUAUCCGCUGGAGAACGCCCAAGCGCUCGUGGAAGAGUUGAAGGGCGUAGGCGUCCAACCUGUCACGUUCCACACACUGCAUGGGCCUCACUAUGUUGGCGUGAUCGACCCCGAAGGUGUGAACGCGAUCCUCAAGGAUACUGUCCUCUCCGUGUCCCAGUUCGACCCUGACUCGCUACCAAAACCUGUUCCCGAGUUCCCUGGCAGGAUGCGGACGCCAUGGACGGACAACCUCAAGAGGUUCGGAUAUGAUCCAUCGGCAGAGGAUGUUGACGCGGACGACUCGGACGAGCAUGAAGUGGACGAGAGGUUUAACAUUAAGUCGUCGCCUCUACCCUGGUUCUCGUAUGAACCUGUGGUCCCCGAGCAACGCAUUUUUUGA